AUGAAAUAUAUAGAUGAAACAUCGAGACAAAAAAAGAAGGAUAAAACUGUAAAAGAAAAAUAUAAUGAUUAUAAAGUUAAAGAAUUCAGUCCAGUUCUUAAUAACGAUGGCUUCAAUAGUUCUAGCUCCAAUAGUUUGGAAUACGAUUGGCAAACACGACCAAUACCUAAGAAAAUAGUAACACCAACCUGGCACACAAUACCUAGACCGUUAAAAAUAAAAUUCCCAAGGAAUCAACCAGUUAGAAUAAACAACAAUCCGUACAAGUUUCAUCUACCGCAUAUGCUUAGACGAACAGAAUUAGAAGAAAAAGAUAUAAACAAAACUAAAAACGAAACUUGCCCCAAAGAAAUUAAUUCCGCAAAUUAUCUGUCAAAGAUUAAAAAACUCGAAGAGGAACUUCAUAGAGUAAGAGAACAAUUGAAAGCUAAAAUUACCACAUUAAAAAAAGACACCAGUGAUAUAGAUAAUAAAAUAAAUAACGGAUUAUACUUCAGAGUAUCAAAUCUAUCUUCUCCAGUAACUUUAAAAAGAGACAUAACGAAUAGACCUAAAAUGAUCGAAUACAAACGGAUUGAAUUAAAAAAUGCAACAGAAGAUAAUACAACUAAAUACAGCAAGGAAAUUUCUCACGUAUUUAGAGAAAUGUCAUUUGGUGUACCAUAUAAUAUGACAAAUAGAUCGACAAAUCAAUCUAUUUAUAUAUCUAAUCAAACAUCCAUAGAAAUAUUUUCACCCGAACCUUUAUCUAUGGUUAAAAAUAUAACGACAAUAAGACCAAUGUUACUUCCAACAGUUAUGAAUACGACACAUUUAACUGAAACUGAAGAUAAAAUAAAAUCAAAUGUUAAGGAAAAUAAUACUGUCAACCAAAAAGCCAUUAGUAUUUCAACUUUAUAAAGAAAUCAUCUCCCUGUCUUUAU